AUGGAUGAUGGGAUUGGUGGUCGCCCUGCUAUGGAUGAUGGGAGUGGUAGUGCUCUCUCUGUAAGGGGAAUCCCAGGACCAGGGUCAUGCAGUGACGUCAUAGUCCCGCCCCCCGGGCAGUUCCUCCCACAAUGCAGCGCGGUGCUGAGUGACGUGGAGAGAGGAUCAUCGGCUUAUUGUCACCAGAGACCGACCGGGAGCCGGGUGAGUGCGCACUGAGUGAGUGAGUGAGUCAUACUGAGUGAGUGAUAGAUACUGAGUGCGCACUGACUGAGUGAGUGAGUAUUUACUGCCAAGGACUGAUCUACUGGGUCUGACCUGAGUGCGCACUGACUGUCAGAGAACAAACUAGUGGGGGCAGGCUGAGUGUGAGCUCAGAUAUUGGGGGGGGUAAGGCCGAGGAGCCUGUGAUAUUGGGGGACAGGCUGAGUGUGAGCUCAGAUAUUGGGGACAGGCUGAGUGUGAGCCUCAGAUAUUGGGGGCAGGCUGAGGUGAGCUCAGAUAUUGUGGGACAGGCUGAGUGUGAGCUCAGACAUUGGGGGGGGACAGGCUGGAGUGUGAGCUAGAUAUUGGGGGGGACAGGCUGUGUGUGAGCUCAGAUAUUGGGGGGGGACAGGCUGGAGGUGAGCUCAGAUACACAUACUGGGGACAGGCUGAGUGUGAGCUUAGAUAUUGGGGGGGGACAGGCUGUAAAAGAGCUCAGAUAUUGGGGGUAGGCUGUGUGUGAUUCAGAUAUUGGGGGGGGCAGGCUGUGUGUGUGAGCUCAGAUAUUGGGGGGGACAGGCUGUGUGUGAGCUCAGAUAUUGGGGGGGGACAGGCUGAGUGAGCCUGUGAUAUUGGGGACAGGCUGGAGUGUGAGCUAGAUAUUGGGGGUAUUAGGAUGUGUGAGAGCUCAGAUAUUGGGGUAGGCUGUGUGUGUGAGCUCAGAUAUUGGGGGCAGGCUGUGUGUGAGCCUCAGAUAUUGGGGUGAUACAGGCUGGAGGUGAGCCCAGAUAUUGGGGGGCAGGCUGAGUGUGAGCUCAGAUUAAAGGGCUGAGGUGAGCUCAGAUAUUGGGGGGGGGGCAGGCUGAGGUGAGCUCAGAUAUUGGGGUGACAGGCUGGAGUGUGAGCUCAGAUAUUGGGGGUGACAGGCUGAGGCGUGAGCUCAGAUAUUGGGGGGGACAGGCUGUGUGUGAGCUCAGAUAUUGGGGGGCAGGCUGUGUGAGCCUCAGAUAAUAAAGCAGGGCUGUGUGUGAGCUCAGAUAUUGGGGGGACAGGCCGAGUGUGAGCCUGUAUAUUGGGGGGGCAGGCUGUGUGAGCUCAGAUAUUGGGGGGCAGGCUGAGUGUGAGCCUGUGAUAUUGUGGGCAGGCUGAUGUGAGCUCAGAUAUUGGGGGGGGACAGGCUGAGGUGAGCUCAGAUAUUGGGGGGGCAGCUGAGUGUGAGCUCAGAUAUUGGGGGGCAGGCUGAGUGUGUGAGCUCAGGAUAUUAGCAGGCUGAGGUGAGCUCAGAUAUUGGGGGCAGGCUGAGUGUGAGCUCAGAUAUUGGGGGGGCAGGCUGAGUGUGAGCUCAGAUAUUGGGGGGACAGGCUGAGUGUGAGCUCAGAUAUUGGGGGGGGCAGGCUGAGUGACAGGGAGAUAAAGUAUGUAGAUUUUUGGAGGUGAGUAGGAUAUAGUAGCACUCACAGUACAGAGAUUUAUAUCAGGGAGCACUUCCUUUACAGUGGUUUUGGUGGAGGGAGAUGUGUAUAGUUUGAACUCACACUUACUAUGUUACAGCACUGUGAUUUAGGGUCCAGGGGUGAUUUAACCAAGGGAAGAUUAUCACGUAGAUGCUGUACAGUGACAGUGACUGAGUAUAUAACCAGUUCAUGCUUUAAGAAAAUGUUUUAUUUUUCUGAAAACCCAAAGGGUCAUCACCAUUCAGGAAUGCAGCUAUUACCCUAGAAUCCACUCUGGGAACGGCUACAACACUACAAGGAAGGACAGACUAAGGAGCCUGGGUAUCCCAGCUAAAACACCUUCACUGGGACUCCUGGAGGGAUGAACAACGUGGAGCCAGACGCUACCGCCCCAGUGGAACCAGCUCAAGUUCAGGAUGACGGUAUGACCUGGUGGUACCGAUGGCUGUGCCGGCUAGCUGGGGUCGUUGGCGGGAUAUGUAAGUAUGGCAAUCGUAGAAUGCUUUUAAAGUUACAAUGUAUCCCAAAUCACUUCGGCUUUGAAAGAACUGUGAGACUUCUUAUUCUAAUCAUUAAGUUGAAAAUCAACUCUACAUGAGCUUAGCCAGAAUUUUAUUAUUUACUAGCUUGGGGAUUUAAACCAUACUUUUUACACAGAUGACCUAAAAUUGCAUUUCUUUCUUGCAGUUCUUUGUGGGAAAAAAUACAAAUCUUAGUGUUGAGCCACAGUGGGCUAUUGUGUCUUGUAUGACCAGUGGGUGCUGUCAAAUAUCUGGGUUAUCAGAGAUAACUGGAGUUAAGUUAUGUAACCGGUCACAUUGUGUGAGGGUUGGAGACACUGACUCAUUUGGGGAGGUACUAAAUGACUAAAUGACUAAUCUAUCACAUGGGAUCUUUGUUUAUAUUUGUGACUUGAGGUUUGUGUAGUGGAGUCUGACAUUGCUUUAUAAACACAAGUUAACAAAAAAAAGCCAGUUGUUCCAGUAUUAAUGCCAAAGCCAUUAUUUGUCUACUUAACUAUUUAGAUAAAGGGGCUCUUUGCCAAGCUCGGAUUGUGCAUUACAAAUUGCUACAUUUCUAUAGUCUAGCAAAGGGUGCACAUUUAGAGAUUGUCUUCAAAUUUUGAUUCAAAGUUCUUUGAUGCAUGCUACAAAAACAAAAAAAAAAGACUAAAAUGUACCUUGGACACUUAUUAAACUCAAGUUUGUUUCCAAUUUGGCCAUGAAUUCAUUAUUUUGAGGUCAAUUCACAGAUUUCACUUUGCUGGCCGCAGUCCCAAGUAGUGCAUAAUAGUGCAAAGAGUUAGUCAUUGAUUUCACUAACACUUAUCCCUUCUGUCCCAUAGGAGAUACAAUAUAUAGAAUUUAUUUAUGUUUGUACAUUACAACUAACAAUUCAGAUGUUUUCUUAAUAUAUUGAUUUAUUUGAGCUGUGUUGGCAUCCAAAUUCUGCAUUGUAAAAACAGUAAAAAAAAAAAAAAAAAUUGUAAAAAUCUCUAUGUAUUUUAAAGGGAAAAUAUAUUGGCUUUUUUCCACCUGCUGCAUUAAUAGAGUUUUAUAUACUGGAUUUUAGGCUACAGGUACAUUUUAUUUAACUUUCUUUCCCCCUGCAGAUCUUGCAGAAGUAUCUGGAGAAUUAAAGAGGAAUUUGCAAAUUCACCAGACCAUUAGAAUUCAUGAAUAGGCCAGACCUUUACGACAUGUGAGAUUUAGCACCACAGCAGCCAAAUUGACCUUGGCACCACUGUAUAAUUGUGAUCUACUUUUCACAAGAUUCUCUGCAAGCCUUCAAUCCAAAUAAGCAUUAUGUGGAACGUUAGUACACAAGCAUCUUUAGUGCCAAGGUUCACAUCGCCAGCCUAAAUCCUCCUGUAAACAACCUGGUCGGCUGGCUGUAAAUAUAUUGAGCUGAGAUACUUGAUCCUGAAACCGUUUUACGAUGCCUUGGCCCACAGUCCUUUGCGUGCUUGAGGAACCCAGCAUGUAAAAAAUGUAACAUCAAUGAUUUAUAUGGCUGCAGUGGUUAGCCACCCACUGAUAUUAUGUACUAAACGAUAGAACAUGCUGUUUUGUUAAAAACACAAUUUUCCCCCCAGCUAUACCCUGUCUCUUUCCUCCCCUCCCCGGCAGCUGAUAUUUCACUUGGGAGAAAUGUCAAGCGACACUCCUACUGAGCGCUGUCAGACGAGAACAGUGCGUGUAUCGUAUGAAUAGGAAACCAUGCAUGUUUAAUGAACAUGUGGGUGCUGUGACAAAGCCGAGCUAGGUCCCCAAAGGCCAAGGCAGCCUUUGUGUUCCAGGAAUGCGGUUUUCCACGUAGAGACACGGGAAAUUCUUCUUCUUGGAGAAAACCCUUAUUUUGCUUUAUGAUCUGUAGUCAGUAAAGAAAUGUAAAAUACAUCAGGAUGAAUGCUUUAGCAUUUCUGGGAUCGCUGCAUUCUUGUAAAAGAAAAGGCGAGUCUGCAAAUUUAAGGGUACAGAGUAGCCAUCUUGCUUUUCUAGCCUACAGUUGACAAUCUAGUUUUUGUGAUAAUAUUGCUUUACAGGUUUACUGCUUUCAGAGUGGUGUAUAUAGUUACUAUUACUGUCCAGCACCCCCUGCAAGUUUAAAUAAUAUAUAUUUAUUCUAUACUGGUGUGCAUAGUGGAAGCAACACAUUUAGAGCGUGCAGUGUUGGUAGUUACAUUUUAAGAACAGUAAAAAAAAUUUUAACAAAUUAUGUCUGUGUAACCAAGAGCAAUGUUUGACAUCUUACUCUGAAAACGUGGGGCUGCUUGUUUUCUCAGGGUUUAGUGUAAAAAAAUGUUAGUGUCCUUGUCAUCAUUAUCCUGUAAGUCUUGUGGACUUUUAAUAUUUGAUUUUUUUUGAAUAUUUGUUUUGUUAAUACAUGUCAAUGAUAAGAUUUCACUCUAAGUACACUUUUAGUAUUUAUGGCCACUUACCAUUGAUUAGUGACGGCUGUCCCUGCUGUUUCCUAUUAUAUGCCAUGCUUAGCUGCCAUGCACACAUCCGGGGUACCAAAAUUAGACAUUUUUGCUUCAGAACUUUGUUCUUUCAACCUGUUCAGCAGUCUAAGAACAUUUUAUACCUUGCCAGAGAAUUGUGGGUGGUGUAAUAGCUUAAGAGCUAAGAUUGUUUUAUACUGUUUAGUGAUGUUACUGUACCAUCAAUAUAAAGUAUGAGACACGGUACUGCUGCGGAGGGAUUUGAUCUGUGAGCUUUGGGAAAAAAUUUAAUAAACUGUAUGUAUGUAUAUUGUCUUUUAUAUGAAAUAUUCAGGGCUAUUCACUGAAGUGCUAAUUAUUGAUAAUUCAAAGUGAAUUUUAUAUUUAAGGCCAAAAUAGCCCCACUGCAACCAUAACUAUUGAAUUAAAAUUUAAUGUUUUAGUGAAUAAUCCUGACAUGCGUGUAUCUAGCACAUGUGGUUGUUUAUAAGCAGUACGGAGCGUUGAAUUAUUGAUUGUGCAAUAUGUGUUGUUGGAAUUUUAUUAUUUGAUUUCUUUUUUAAUGUUUGGGUUGUUUUUUGUCUGUUUUUUUUUCCAGCCUGCGCCAUAGCCGGUUUGUGGAACUGCAUUACCAUCAAUCCACUAAAUAUAGCAGCUGGAGUGUGGAUGAUGUGAGUAUAUAGGCAACCCAACACCCCUAUAGUCCAACCCUGCAGAGAAUUUCAACCCUAACAAAGCCAUUGACUAUUUUUCAUUUAGAAUUCUAAUGCCAGAAGAGGUACUUUACAAUGCAUGAUUCGAAAUGUAUUGGAAAGGGUAGUCUGGCCCAUUGACAGCAAUGUAUCUAAUGGGUUAAUCAAUAAAGAGUUUAUACACAGUGGAGGUCCGAUUCUAGGCCACAAAGCAGAACUGGAAUAAUUCUCCAACUCGGCUAUGUUAGUCUGGCUGUAUUGACGUAAAAUUAGAAAUUUGCUUUCAGUCUUCUACAUUGGUGUUGUCCACAAAGUUGAGUUAUUUUCAACUUAGGCUGUUGAUAUAUAAAAUUCAGAACACUCCUCUACUGUGGAGAGAACAAACUCAGUAGAAACCAUCUGCGUGUCCCCUGAAGGCCCUGCACUUCAUCUCAGAUCUCUUCAGUAUACUGAUUCCUCCGGUUGAGCCAUCUCUACCAACGUAUGUGGCCCAAUGGGGGAAGAGUUGGGUGAAUCCCUCUCUCCAGCGCAAUAACAAACCAUAUUCCUUCAUAUACAUGCAAGUGCUCUGUAUCCUCAAAGCUGCAGGAGACCGCUUUUAACUGUUAUCACGAUGUUUCCACCUGUCUCAGACAGGUGUGGGCAGGGUACGGGAACUUACACACACAUUUGGCAGUCAUGUCCUCGUCGUGUCCUCCUUUAUUGGCGCACUAUCCAAACUAUUAUUUCUCAUGACUUGGACACUAAGCUUACCUCGGAACUAGCAUUGAAUUUUAUUGCACCAUACUGGAUGUUCCACCAAGAAAUAUAAACAUUCUAUUGUUGGAUAAUAAAUGUAGCUAAGCUCUAAAAGGGACAAGCUGCCAUCUAUUGGUGAAUAGUAUAACAGCGUGAGGAGAUUGUCGAUGGAGCUGUUGGUGGCCUCCUCUCAUGGCAGAUCAGACAAGGUGGCCCCUGUUUUGGCAUACAAGAUCCAGCACACUUACUCGUUCACUAAACCGCAAUUUCAAGUUUCACAGAACUAUGCCUGUUAUAGCAUCAAUUGAAUCUGUUUGUAGUCUCUGAAACCUUGAGGUCACUAAAUCGAUCUGCAGGAUAGAUUUAAAACAGUCACAUUAAACAGACAAUCUCAAGCUUUGUAUGAUAGGACCACGUUUACAGCAUCCUUUACUGUACGUCUUAGCUUGCUACCAAAAUCCUUUUUACGCACAUUCUUUUAUUUUCCAGGCUAAAUGCGUUUGUGCUAUUUCUCUGCGAAGCUCCAUUUUGCUGUCAGUUUGUUGAAUUUGCAAACACAAUCUCUAACAAGGCGGACAAGCUGAAACCCUGGCAGAAGGCGUUCUUUUAUUGCGGGUAAAGAUUAAAUUCUUCCUGAAAUUACAGACUCUGCUUGAAAUCAUGUAAAAUGUUUAAUUUUGCCAAUAUUUCUGCAUAGGGUGAAUUAAUACAUGAAAAUUCAACGUAUGUACAUUUUCAUAAUUUUUGUAUGUAUCCCUGAUUUGAUAGAGAUAUAUAUAUAUAUAUAUAUAUAUAUAUAUACACACACACACGGUGUGUAGAGCAUAGAAAUACAAUUUAUUUGCAAUCAGAAUUGUUACAUGUUUAGACAUGACAAUGUAAUAUUGAAUGACAUUUCCCAUAAUGCACAAAUCCUGCCGCCCCUGAAUAUCUGCCUUUGUAUUACUGAGGUGAAAUAUCAAACAAGGACAGAGCCCAUACUACGUGUUGAUCCAUAUACACUCCGAUCUUUACUAAAAAAUAAUAGGUAAUUCUGUAUCUUGCAGAUCUCCCACCACAGGAGGUUUGAUAUCGGGAGUGUGGGGGUUUGAAAAUGUGUGCAAUGCAGAUUAACAAGCAGUUCUGCAAGCUUACUAACCAUAGCAGCAGGACCGGGAUCCAAAAUUGACUUAGUCCUUCCAGAUCACUCAGACCGCAAUAUCUUAAACCUCUUUAAAAAUCUUCACCACUUGACUAGCUAGGCUAUCCUGCUGUUAUACUGAAAGUUAAUUAUAGCCCACUAGGUGGCAACCUUCACACACAAACCUCAGAUUGUUGCACCAUCCUUUGUUUAAAGUAUGUAUGAAUGUGUGUGUGUGUGUGUAUAUGUAUAUAUGUAUGUGUGUUUGUUUAAACUUUAAUUGUGCUGUCAACAGUAACUAUGUCUGAAAAGAUUUUUUUAGAAUGGAAAGGUGUGGCCAUGUGUCUUGUUUUAUCUAUUAUACAGCAAUGUGGAUUAUGUCGGCAAUAUAUAAAUAAUUGUGAUUUCUCGUAUCCUUUGUGUUUUUAAAACCUGCAUUCCACUUUCUUCACCACAGGAUGGCAAUCUUCCCAGUUUUUCUCAGUCUAACACUAACCACCCUCUUUGGCAAUGCUAUCGCCUUCGCUGCUGGAGUGCUGUAUGGCCUCUCUUCACUGGGGAAAAAGUAAGAAUUGGCACAUUUUUACAACUUAACGUUGAAUAGCCUGGUCAUGUAAAAAUAUAGAUAUUCUAGCUAAAGCUGGUUUUGAUCUGCAAACGGUGGCACUGUUUAUGUCUGCGGACUACUGGUGCUUGGCGAAACCCGAACGAUAUCUGCUGUUGGCCAUCACUGGUCUCUAUAGAGAUCAGAUCCUUCCUGCUGUAUAUCGCUUCCAUGGUCCAUUCCAAACUGCUGGAAUUGUUAAUUGCAGACAGAUGUAAUAUAACUUUUAUUGAUCUGAGACUGUACUGUUCCUUUGAUAACCAAUUAUUUCCGUGUUGCGUUACAGGGGAGACGCCAUCACUUAUGCAAAACUUCAACAGGCUAAGAAGCAACCAGAUGAAGAAAAGGCAGAAACGCCAUAA